AUGUCGGCAUCAGUAAACCGCGCCUGGUGGAAAGAGUCCUCUGUCUACCAAAUCUGGCCCGCCUCCUACAAAGACUCCAACAAUGAUGGCAUCGGCGACAUCCCCGGCAUCAUCUCCAAACUUGAUUAUAUCAAAGGCCUCGGGGUGGACAUAAUCUGGCUCUCCCCGUCGUACAAAUCGCCGCAGGUAGAUAUGGGCUACGAUAUUUCGGACUACUACAGCAUUCAUCCACCGUACGGCACGGUUGAAGAUGUGGAAAAGCUGAUUAGUAGCGCGUGGAAAUACGACGACUUGACGGGAGAGUACUACCUCCAUCUCUACGCCGAGGAGCAGCCAGACCUCAACUGGGAGCAUCCGCCAGUCCGCAAAGCCGUGCAUGAUAUUAUACGGUUCUGGCUUGAUAAGGGCUGCGACGGUUUCCGUAUGGACGUUAUCAACUUUAUCAGCAAGAACCAAGAAUUUCCAGACGGACCAGUCACAAACCCUGAUACUCCAUGGCAAUGGGGGUAUAGUCACUACGCCAAUGGUCCGCGAUUACACGAGUACCUGCAAGAAAUUGGCAAGAUUCUACAGGAGUAUGAUGCUUUCAGCGUAGGCGAAAUGCCAUUUGCGACUACCCUCGAAGAUGUUCUCAAGGCGGUCCGCUUCGACCGAAAAGAGAUCAACAUGAUUUUUGACUUUGAGCAUGUCGACGUUGACCAUGGUAAACUCGACAAGUUUGGGUCUGGAAGCUGGAAGCUGACCGAUCUUAAACGCAUGUUUAAUAAAUGGCAGACAUUCAUGUAUGAGAAUGAAGGGUGGAAUGCGCUGUACUGGGAAAAUCACGACCAGCCACGGUCUAUCGAUCGGUAUACCGGUGCCAGUGCCGAGCACUCGGUGAUUGCAGGCAAGAUGUUGGCUACAUGUCUUGCGUUGAUGGCGGGAACGCCGUUCAUAUACCAGGGACAGGAGUUGGGCAUGCGGAAUGUGCCGAUUGAGUGGCCGAUUGAAGAGUAUCAGGAUAUUGAUUGUUUGAAUCAUUGGAAGAGACAUCUGGAAACAGACCAUGACAACGUCGAAGCCCUCACCAGCUACCGCAAAGAAUACCAGAAAAAAUCUCGCGACAACGCCCGCACACCGGUGCAAUGGACCGCAGGUCCAAACGCAGGUUUUAGUGACGUCAAACCCUGGAUGAGCGUCAACCCGAACUACACGCAAAUCAACGCCGAGAAUCAGGUGUCGGACCCUACCUCCCUGUACAACUACUGGCGCUCGGUGCUGAGUCUACGCAAAAAGUAUCUCGACAUCUUCGUCUAUGGAGAUUUUGUGUUGGUUGAUCGCGAUAACGAGAAUCUGUUCGCUUAUACUCGACAAUUCGAGGAUCAAAAGGCGUUGGUGGUUUGCAAUUUUACGGAUCGGACGGUUGAAUGGGAUUCAGCUGAGAAUUUGGUAGGAGAAGUGAAGGAGGUAUUGUUGAACAACUACGGGGUGGGUGAGAAGUUUAGAGGGGAGUUGCGGCCGUAUGAGGCUAUUGUGUUGUUGGUUGCUUGA